AUGGCAAGAGAUGUAAGGCCUGGGAAGCUUACCAUAUCGCUAUUGAUUUUAUCACUGUUUUUGAUAUUCCAGAUACUGACCAAACCCCACCGCAAUGAGAGCAGCAUGGAAACUCGACUUUUCACGAGAAGGAGGUCGCAUGUAACACGGGUGCCCAAUAAUGACGCCAGUUUAUCUAUACCGUAUUUGGAUAAAGUCAACCGGUUUUGGCAUGUGGGCGGUGCCACACAGAUUAGAAAUAGCCAAUCUAUCAAAUUGACGCAGGACCGAGACCAGGACAAACACGGGCUGGUGUUGUCCAAUGGGAUUGGCGACAACACCAUCAACGACUUUGAAAUCGUUUACAAAUUCAGGAUUUCUCAUAGUUCGAAUGCAAAACUCAUGGGCGAUGGGAUGAGCUUUGCCAUCACACCUGAAAAUGGGUUUCUCACGCAGGAUUUGAAGUCUUCGUAUGCAAGAAGACAAUACAUGAUGAACUCACGCGGUGUGAUUGGCGAUAAUACAGAUUUAAUGGGGUUCCCGAAGAACCUACCGGGUCUGUUUGUUGUCUUGGACACGUAUCGCAACCAAGGCCACCACCAUGAGGACGUACCCUUCAUGGACGUAUUCCUCAAUGUGGCUCCAGAGAGUGACUCGUACGAUAUCAAGAGUGACGGCGAACUAAGCACCUCGUUGCGACUAAACACAAAGGGCCACAUUGAGCUAAAAAAGAAUAUCCUGUGGAAUGAAGUAACGAAACUGAGAAUAAUAUACCUGGAAAGCAUAAGCUUCCUGAAGAUCGACAUCCAGUAUGCCAAAGAGGGCAAUUACUGGAUCGAGUUGUUCCAAACUAACGAAAACCUGUAUUUGCCCAAAAACAUACUCACAGGACAAAGAUACAUCGGCUGCGGUGCAUUGAAUGGCCAAUUGACCGAGACCGUGGAACUUCUGGACGUGUCUACAAGCGAGUUCCAUUGGAACAACAAGGACGAGUCCAUCGAGGACACUUAUGAUUACGUGAAGGAGGCUGAACUGUUCUUGGAACAGGAAUUUGGCGAGGUCCUAGACAUGGAACCCGAUGAAUUCAUGAAAUGGAAGAUGGUCAAGGCGCAACCAAACAUCAACGCUGCUCCAUCAUCGCCUGGACAGCCUUUGGCCGGCCGUUCUCAUUCGAGGCUGUUCAGCGCGAUCCUGGUUGUCUGGCAUUACAGCGAACUCCUGCUCUUGAUCAUCGGCAUAUACCUUGUUUCUGUAUACGUUAGGGUUUUCCAAAAGAGAUUCAAGAAGAUCAGGUUCAGAAGGCAAAGAAGAAAGUCGCAUUCCGUGGGGCUGCUGCCCAUGUAG